AUGGCUACAGUUGGAAGAAACAUAGCAGCUCCAUUACUAUUUCUGAACUUGAUCAUGUACUUCAUUGUGCUUGGCUUCUCUAGUUGGUGCCUCAACAGGUUCAUCAAUGGCCAAACCUACCACCCCAGUUUUGGAGGAAAUGGUGCGACUAUGUUCUUCUUGACGUUCGCGUUGCUAGCUUCUGUGUUGGGGAUUGCGUCAAAGUUCUUGGGAGGAAACCAUCUCAGGACUUGGAGGAAUGAUAGUUUAGCAGGAGCCGGAGCUUCUUCUUUAAUCGCUUGGGCUGUCACUGCCUUAGCCUUUGGCUUGGCGUGCAAGCAGAUAAACAUAGGGGGGCACCGAGGGUGGAGGCUGAGGAUAGUGGAGGCCUUCAUUAUAAUCCUCACAUUUACACAGCUUCUCUGCGUGAUCCUAAUCCAUGCCGGACUCUACAGCAGCAAGUACGGUCCCGGCUACCGCGACACCGACAACUACGGCAUCGGAGGGGCAGGCGGAGACCCCAUGCAUAAGGGUGCAAAUGUUCCUGGGACUCGUGUCUAA